AUGGAAGGGGAGCCUGACCUUCCGGACCCACCGCCGGAAGCCAAAUUCUUCAACCCCAACGCGAGCCGUCCGAUAAACAUCCAGCCGGAAUCCAUAAACCUCAGCCGCACGUUCAACACCACCUGCUCCUCCACGACUUCGUCUUCGUCUUCCUCCCCGCCGGACCUGGUCCGGCAUGUUCAAGCUGCUUUCAAGCGACAUCGUCCCUUAGGUAUGAUGCAGACAAAUGGCAUUAAGCCGAGGAGAUUCUUGGUUCCUCAGCAAGAAAGCUCAAAGGAAUCAAAUUUAAAACCGCAGUCAACAAAUGUUGUUAAAAGAAGUACAGAUGAUACUCUGCAGGGUCCCAGAUUGAGGGGCUCCAUUCCGCAGUCCAAGAUCAGUGGAGAAAACCAUGAAGCUGCAUCAAUCACUCCACCUUCAGAAUGGGGCACCAUUGUAAAUACCAACGAAGAAAAUCCUAAGGCAUUCCAUAUUCAGAGAGCUCAACCUGGACUUUCCAUUAGAUCUGGAGUCAAUGAUGCAGUUGCUUCAGGUGUUGAGCCUGGUAAUGCAGUAGCAGACGUGAGAAGGAAGGUUCAUUUUCCCAAUGAAAACAUAGCCCCAUCUCGUGAAGUCGAAUGGGAUGAUGCGGGCAACCAAGUGGAUACUUCUGCAGCUGCCAACAAGCAAGACUCGAAGCAUGAUAAUUUUCAAGGCAUGGAAAUUGAUAUUAAUAAUAAUUUCAUUAGGUCUGAGGGUGGAGUUUCGUCAACGUUGGCUAGAAGUAACAUGGGUGUACAGGAUCAAUUUCACCAAUUUGACAGUUUUCUGGAAAAUGAUUUGUGCAAUGCCAUGACCCAGUCAUCCGUGGUUGGGUCUUCUUGUGCUACAUCAACCUUAAUAAACGCCACAUCUGCUCCUAUGAUUAGUUCAACUACUUAUUGCUCCCAACACCAAACGGGUGGCGUGCAGCUUGAUGUUUCUGCUCAGCCACUUAAAUGUAUAACCAAGGAUACUGCUGGUGCAGUGCUAUCAACAGAUCAGUCAGCUUUAGCUUCACAGCAACCUAUCAGCUCUAAUACUUCAGUUCCCAUUGAAGCUAAUGAUAAAUCAUCUGGCCAGUCUAAUGGGCCACGGGGUAGUUCAGCACAGGAUUGUGAUCUUAACAAAGAUUCUUGUCAGAAAGAAAAUAUUUCGGCCAAAGGGAAUGUAACCGACGUGAAAUCUCAACCUCCUUCAUCGAAUGUGCCGCCACCGGAUGUGAAGUUGGAGAAUUCUAAGUCAGAAAAACAGGAAAGAGGUGGUGGUGGUGGUAAAGGAGCAUCUACAUCUCGUAGAAAAGGUUAUGAUCCCGACUUAUUUUUCAAAGUCAAUGGAAAGCUUUAUCAAAGACUGGGAAAGAUCGGUAGUGGUGGGAGUAGUGAGGUCCACAAGGUUAUAUCAUCGGAUUGCACGAUUUAUGCCUUGAAGAAGAUAAAGCUUCGAGGCCGUGACUAUGCAACGGCAUACGGGUUCUGCCAGGAAAUUCAAUACUUGAACAAACUCAAGGGGAAGAACAAUAUUAUUCAGCUCAUUGAUUAUGAGGUGACAGAUAAGACUUUGCUUCAGGAAGUAAUGGAUGGUUCCAUGAGUAACAAGGAUGCCAGGGUCAAAGACGAUGGGUAUAUCUACAUGGUACUUGAAUAUGGAGAAAUUGAUUUAGCACAUAUGCUUGCUCAAAAAUGGAAGGAAUUGGAAGGUUCCAAUGAAAAUGAAAUCAUAGAUGAGAACUGGCUCCGAUUUUAUUGGCAGCAAAUACUUCUAGCGGUGAACACUAUUCACGAGGAACGUAUCGUGCAUUCUGAUCUGAAACCAGCUAAUUUUCUUCUCGUGCGAGGCUCCCUGAAGCUAAUUGAUUUCGGUAUAGCCAAGGCUAUAAUGAGCGACACCACAAACAUUCAGCGCGACUCUCAGGUGGGAACACUAAGCUACAUGUCACCCGAGGCAUUCAUGUGCAACGAGACGGAUUCAAACGGGAAUACGAUAAAAUGCGGGCGCCCAUCCGAUAUCUGGUCCCUCGGCUGCAUCCUCUACCAGAUGGUCUACGGGCGGACCCCAUUUUCCGAGUAUAAGACCUUUUGGGCCAAGUUCAAGGUCAUAACCGACCCAGCCCACGAGAUAAUAUAUGAGCCUGUGAAAAACCCGUGGCUUCUUGAUCUCAUGAAGAAAUGCCUUGCGUGGGACCGCAACGCGCGGUGGAGAAUCCCUGAACUGCUCCAGCACCCUUUCCUCGUGCCAUAUAAAUUGCCCGGUCACACUUUUGGGCGGGAUAAAAAUCGUACUUUGUUUCAGUUGAUAGCUGAGUCGAGUGCGAAUGAUGAGAAGUAA